GUGUUUUACAAACCAUGCUGCUGUGUUUCAGAUUUUGGGGACACAUUUCUUACAUUUUUAAAGCAGCUGUUGGUUUCCAUUCAUUUGUGUACGAUGUGAACAUCAAAUGGCAGCAUGUUGGAACUUGCAUGACUUGUGUAGUUAGUAUAUUGCAUCACAGUGAACACACCGUUUCUUUGUAACUUACGUGGAUAUCGUGAUGAACGGUUGACGAUUUGACUAAACUACAACAACAACUGGUCGACGUCGUAUCAGUUAUUAUUCAAGCAAAAUGCCAAACUUUUGCUGUUUCCAGUAUUUGAAAAUUGACCCUCAUCAGCGGAGUCAUCAUGUUAAUCCUGUUUGUCUCUGAGCUGCAGUACUAUCUCACUAAAGAGGUCCACCCUGAGCUGUAUGUCGACACAUCGCGAGGAGACAAACUGAAAAUCAACAUCGACAUCAUUUUCCCUCACAUGCCCUGCGCCUAUCUCAGUAUAGAUGCAAUGGACGUGGCCGGUGAGCAGCAGUUGGACGUUGAACACAACCUGUUCAAACAGCGGCUGGACAAAGACCUCAAACCCGUCACCCACGAGGCAGAGAAACAUGAACUUGGUAAAGCUGACGAUGGUGAAGUGUUUGACCCCAGUACUUUGGACCCAAAUAGAUGUGAGAGCUGCUACGGCGCUGAGACUGAUGAUCUCAAAUGCUGUAACACCUGUGACGACGUGCGAGAGGCGUACCGGCGGCGAGGCUGGGCGUUCAAGAGCGCUGACACCAUUGAGCAGUGUAAGAGGGAGGGCUUCACACAAAAGAUGCAGGAGCAGAAGAACGAAGGCUGCCAGGUUUACGGCUUCCUGGAGGUCAACAAGGUGGCUGGAAAUUUCCACUUCGCUCCAGGAAAAAGUUUCCAGCAGUCUCACGUCCAUGUGCACGCUGUGGAAAUUCACGACCUGCAGAGUUUUGGCUUGGACAAUAUAAACAUGACCCAUCUGAUAAAACACCUGUCGUUCGGUAAAGAUUACCCCGGCAUCGUGAACCCUCUGGACGGGACAGACGUCACAGCGCCACAAGCUUCAAUGAUGUACCAGUAUUUUGUGAAAAUUGUUCCCACCAUCUACAUGAAAACUGAUGGAGAGGUGGUAAAAUCCAACCAGUUCUCAGUCACCAGGCAUGAAAAAGUUGCCAACGGGCUAAUAGGAGACCAGGGGCUGCCGGGUGUCUUUGUUUUAUAUGAGCUGUCACCUAUGAUGGUUAAAUUCACAGAGAAACACAGAUCGUUCACACACUUCCUAACAGGUGUUUGCGCCAUCAUCGGCGGUGUAUUUACAGUGGCGGGUUUGAUCGACUCGCUCAUCUACCACUCGGCUCGUGCCAUCCAGAAGAAGAUAGAGCUAGGCAAGGCCUCUUAACAGCGCCCCCCCUGCUGGCCUCCACGGUGCAACACAGACCAAGACACGGAUGACGGAAAGACGAGGGACAGACAGGUAGAGGGUGAAGUUCGGAAACAGAAGCGAGCGAGUUUUCGUCCCCUCCGUCUUUUUUUGUCUGGUGUCAGAUCGAGCGAGAGAAAUACAGAGAGAGAGGAAGAGAGGUUUUAAGUCAGCCAAGUUUUUUAAGUCCUCUGUCUCUCUUUUUCUUCUGGAAAAGCACUGGAGAGGAACUUCUGGGCCGUUUUUUUGAAUUUUCCUCUCCAUUGUUAAAUUCAACGCCAACAGGAGAAUCAAACUUUUUUUUAUGAUCGAACUCAAGCAGAGAAGAAGGACGCCUCAUCGAUGCAGACCCAGCCUCCAGAUUUCUUCUUCAUGGAAAAAGGGAACUCCCUUCCCUCCAUCCUGUUUACGUCCUGCUUCAGCGCUGGUCCACACUCGGCUCGCUCUUCGCAAGAGGAUCCGCGGUCGAGCCCUUUGUCUAGAGGGGUGAGGAAGAGAGAGCUUGGAGACUUUUUUAAAGGAAUAUUUCGCCCAAAAAAAAUGUUUUGUUUCCUUAUCAGUCACUCACCUAUUUAACCUGGACUGAUGGAUGAAAACAAGCUCGCACCUGCAUCUCUGUACGCUGAAUCACAGAAGACCCAAAUGUUUUCUCAUGAUCACAAGAAAGUGAUUUUGUGAUCUCAGCAUCACAAAUGUGUUGUUCUUAAUGUCAACAAAUCCCAAAAAAAGACCAAAACCAAUAAUGUACUGAUCUACUAAGAAUUAUUAUGU